AUGGAAAAAGAAAUAAACGAUUUUUAUGAGAUAAUUCAAAAGGAGAUAACAAAUUAUUUCCUAGUACCAAAGGGAAAAAAUGAAUAUUUAAGUCAUGAAAGAAUAAAUAUAUUAAUUCAAGAUAUAGUAACUUCACUAAAUUGUAAUGGGUAUUAUAUUCAUACAAAACCAAUUAACAAUGAAAAAAAAAGAAUAAUAAAUGAUAAUGCAAUUUUAUCUUGUCCCCCUAAAUUGUUUUCUUUCAUAUUGUUUCCCCAAAAAUUAAAUAAAGAUUUAUUAAACUUAUGUAAAAAAUGUACACUACUUUUUUCAGAAAUUUUUGAUAAUAUAGUUUGUGAUUUACCUUUUUUAUUAAGGGUAUUAGAAAAUGUAAAGGGGAAUGAUGAAUUUUCUAAAAAAAUAAUAGACAUAUGUGAAAGGGUAUAUUUAAGUAAAGAAAAUGGACGAGAUAUAAAUAAUGAGAUUCGAUGUAUAAUUGGAAGAUCAGAUUAUAUGAAGCAUGAUGGGAAUAUGGGUAAUGAUAGUGAAAUAAAACAAAUAGAAUAUAAUACAAUAUCAGUUGCCUUUGGUAAUUUAUCAAGUAUUGUUUUUGAAGCACAUAAAAAUAUGAUUAAAGAAAUAUAUAAAGAAUAUUUUCCUUGUAUGAAUGAACAAAGUAAAGAGGAAAUAUUUGAAAUCUUAGACAAAAAAUUUGAUAAUAAUUUUCUUGAAGGUAUUGUUACCUGUAUAGAGAAAGCUCAUAAUAUUUAUAUUGAAAAUGCUAGUAAAUUUGAGAAUGGCAAAAAUAAAGUCAUAACGAUAUCCAUAUUGUAUGAUGAUAUAAACAAUUUUGAUAGAUAUAAAACAAAAGAUGAACUAAGCAAAUUAGGAAUUAGUCAACGAUAUUUUACAAUAAAACAAUUGGAAAACUUAUUUGAAAAAAAAAAAAUAUUUUUAAAUUACACAGAUGAAACAUUGAACGAGUCGAUAAAUAGACUCAUGAAUAAUGCUAACAAAUGUAAUGAAAGAAAAAUAAGACCUGGAAAAUUAAUGAUAAAUUUAAAUGAUGAUAAUGUUAAUAGUGAUAUUGGUAAUAUAAUUGAACAAUAUAAGAAAAAUAUUUUUGAAGUUAGUGUAAUUUAUUUUAGAGCCUUAUAUGCACCUUCACAUUAUAAUGAGAUAAUGUGGGAGUUAAGGGAAAUGAUGGAAUUUAGUGACGCUGUUAAAAUUCCUUCUUUACCUUAUCAGCUAGUUGGGUUAAAAAAAAUUCAAAUGUUAUUAUUAGAUGAUGAAAUAUUAAGAAAAUAUAUUUCUAUUGAUUUAAAUAAAAAUAAAAAAUCAGAAGAACAAAUAUUGAAUGAUAUGAAGAUGAUAAAAAAAACAUUUGCUUUACAAAUCGAUCCAUCAUUAAAUAAACAUUCAGAUAUUAUUUCAUAUGCAAUUAAAAAUGAAGAUAAAUUUAUAUUAAAGCCACAAAGAGAAGGUGGACAAAAUAAUCUAUAUGGUAAUGAUGUUAAGGAAAAGUUAAUGCUUUAUUAUAAACCAGAGGAAAAAAAUAAAUUAUCUUUUUAUGUUUUAAUGGAGAAACUAUUUCCAUCACCAUUUCCAGCUAUUCAUUGUAAAAUAAAGGAGGCAAAUAAAAAUGAUGAACAGAAAAAUUAUGAACAGAAAAAUGGUUCGAAUUAUUGUGAUAAGGAAGAUACACAAUUUAUCGAAUUUUCACUUGAGCAGUCAAUUUCCGAAUUUGGAUUCUUUCACAACAUAAUUUUUUUUAAGGAUAAAAAUAUACUAAAUGAACAAAAAGGAUAUUUAGUUAGAACUAAAAAUGUAAAUGAAAACGAAGGGGGGGCUAUAUGUGGUAUAUCAUCCCUGGACUCUGUUUUCUUAGUAUAA